UACCCAUAUUUUGACUUCGCUUUGCAUAAUGUUUAACGAACUGAAUCCGCACUUGUGAUUGCUACGCUGUUCUACUGUCCAGUCCCUACUGCAGAGGAAGUUUAUAAAACGACUGCUCUGGGAUUACUGGCCUGAAAAUGUGCGGGAGGACUGCUUGUACUCUUGCGGCAGAUGAAGUCAGCCGUGCUUCUCAGUACAGAACCCGCGGAGGGCAGCGGCGACAGCCCAAGUGGAAAGAUGGCGAUUCGGAUAACUACAGACCUUCCUACAACAAGAGCCCCCAGUCAUUGAGCCCAGUGUUAUUGUCCCAAAGACAUUUUGACAAGAAUUCCCCAGUGGAUGUGUGUGUGCUGGCAGCAAUGCGUUGGGGUCUGGUGCCUUCCUGGUUCAAGGAGGAUGACCCCAACAAAAUGCAGUACAGUACCAACAACUGUCGCAGUGAGAGCCUGCUUGAGAAGAAGUCCUACAAGGAUCCGCUGCUGAAAGGACAGCGCUGUGUUAUCCUAGCCGAUGGCUUUUAUGAAUGGAGGAGGCAGGAGAAAGACAAGCAGCCCUUCUUCAUCUACUUCCCCCAGACCCAAGGACCUGGUCGUUUGAAAACAGAGGACCAGCUUGAGCUGCCCUGUAAGAAAGAGCCGCAGACAUGCACUUCUGAGGAAGACAAUGUAGACCUCAAGAAGGAGGACAAAGAAGACAGUGAGUGGACAGGAUGGCGGUUGCUGACCAUUGCUGGGCUGUUUGACUGCUGGACGCUCCCUAGUGGUGGAGAUCCCCUCUACACCUACACAGUUAUCACAGUAAAAGCAUCCCCUAAUCUUCAAGGCAUCCAUGACCGGAUGCCAGCGAUUCUGGAUGGAGAGGAGGAGGUCAGAAGAUGGCUGGAUUUUGGUGAGAUGAAGUCAUUAGAUGCCCUUAAACUGCUUCAGUCUAAAAACACACUGACCUUUCACCCGGUCUCUUCAUUGGUCAACAACUCUAAAAACAACUCCCCUGAGUGCCUGCAGCCAGUGGAUCCUCAGGCUAAGAAGAAGCCAUCAGCCAGCAGUAAAAUGAUGAUGGGCUGGCUGAAGAGCAGCACGCCUUCAAAGAGGAAAGAGCCAGACACUGGGGACCUCAAAGAGGAAAGGCACAUGGGAGAGGCCAGGCCUGAGAAACAGCCCAAGAACACAGGUCCUCUCCAACAGUGGCUGCAGGGAGCCGCUAAGAAACCCCAGACCAAAUAAGUGGGACAGAAACAAUGACUGGCUCUGAAGAGGGAAAUAAACUGAACAAUGUUGGACAUGUUGUCUUUAUAUUGGUGUGAUUGAGGUGGAACAGAGCAAAUGGCCUCCAAUUGUUUUCAAUUCUGUCUGGCGUCAGUUAAAGAUAAUGUUAUUAAACCUUUCACAUAUUUAGAUGA